UCGAUGAAUUUUCACGAAAAUUUCUCUAGACAGAAGUUUUUGGUGGACUUUGUUACUUUCAACAACUUCAUCGGAUUUGUCGUGGCUCGCGAAUACCUUGAUAAUAUUACGGAGCUGGCGUAUUCUGAUGAAAGGAAAGUAUAUAACUUCUACAAGUUUUUACUAAAACUACUACAGAGUAAUAGAAUUGAAAUGCUUCGGAAGAUUGAUUAUGUUGUGGAGUACGUUAAUAGAGCCCGCAUUAAAAAGGCUUUCUCCCGUGAUGUGGAGGAGUUUGAUGACUUAAAGUCUGCUACGUUUCACCAAAACAGUCUUGUGGGACAAUUUUUGCGAAAAUUUGCUGUUAGCUUUCAUCUGCAGCCAUUUGAUAAGGUCACUGAGUUUUGCAACUCAUUUUAUGCUUACUAUGACUCGUCUUUCAGUUCAAAUCAAGUUAUAACCUUUUCCGAAGAGACAAUAAAUAAAGCUGGACGAUUGGGUUCUCUGAGUUCCGCCGAAUUCGGUUCAUUAAUUGAGAAAUUACAAAGUUAUCAAAGAAAUUAUCCCGACCUAGCCACACCGCGUUUCGCUUCUCACGUAGUCGCAAUGCGGCAGCGUAACCUAUCACAGGCAGAGACGAAUCUAUUUAAGGCAUUUGAGAUGGCUAUUUCAUGGCCACCGAUGGGUGACUCAUCGGGCGUUGCCCCUGAGCCAAGGCCUGUUGAUGCCUGGACUCGCAUGACACUGGAGGCUGCCGAUAUGCAUCAUAGGUUUGGUCACAGGUUAUUGCCCUAUAUGCGUUCAUUUUGUAGUGUACAGGCUCGCUCCUUUCUACAUCAAGCACUUGCUCAAGCCCUUGAAACAAAUGAUGUCCUGAGCUUGCGUCACACGAAGGUCAACCACUUCAUCGUCUCUUCCCUAUUUGGACAAGCGGCUCAUGAAGUAAUAACUCCCCUAGGAGAGCCCUUUCGAUAUGAAACUGUGGAACAGACUGAUGGACUAGUACCGUCGGAUCUUCUGCUCGCCGAGUUAUGUUGUAAACUCUUCAAGCUUAUUGGAACGGGUACGGUUCCACAAAAAGUAUUGCUGACUUACUUCAAUUCGGUAGUGGCUCCUCAAUCGGAUUCGUUGGCGAUUGUUCUUUUAAAUUUGGCUUUCAUUUUCUUCGUCUACGGCUACAGCAUUUUGGGCACUACUUUGUUGCAGUGUGUCAUCAUAGUAGACUGUCUGUGCCCUUGCUCCAUCUCGGACUCAGUGCUUUCGACUUCAAUUUCUCAAAUUGCUAGGUCGCUUGCCGCAGCUGGUUUGCCUGCUCAAGCAGUACAGAUAAUCAAAUCAGCCAUCGGGACUAUUGGUCGGUUUGAGGAGUUCGCACAUUUUGAACGUGCUCGCGUAGAAACACAGUUGGAACAAGCUCUCCGUACUGACACCGAUUUAAGUAAAUGCAGUCGGCUCAUCAAUGAUUUGGCCCUUUUCUGUCCGUGGGAAGCCAAUCUGAGACGAGCUAAUUUGGAAAUGAGGAGAGGAAAUCAAGCCCUGGCUACUGAUAUUCUUCAGGCGCUGGCCGACGGAGCUGAGAGUUUAAGAACGGCUACUGGUGUGGGUGACGAUUAUGCUCAAUACAAGGAGGCGAAUGAUGAGAAUAUGGGAAGAUCGUUCAAACUUCUAGAACCACCUAGAGCUGGUGGAAUCGCAGCUCUUGUGCGCUUCGAAAUUCGUGCCCGCAUAGCCAUGGCGGAAAUCUUUGCGUCCAAUGGUGUAUUUUCUGAAGCGCUUAACCAACUGGAAUGCGCAGCAUUGCUCAGUCGGCAAUACCACAUGAAAACUUUCGCUAACAUCUGCAACAUUAUGAUGGCCACAAUUUCGUCUUUCGAAGGAGUUCAUAGGCAAAUUUCUUUAGGGGAUGGGACAAGUAUUUUUGAAAUCUUCACCGAUAUUUGUCACCAAGCUGAACCAGCGGUUGUAAUGCACCUCACAAAUAUGAAACUGUGGUUGUCUCUUUUAGCAGAUUACCUCAAUGUUGAAGUAACCUGGAAAAAUCAACUCUGCGAGAGUGCCACCUUCUUUGCCAACAUUGGAGACAAAUAUUCGCUCCAAAAACUCGUAGACAUAUUUGUACGGUUUUAUCUUUAUCUUGACUGGUCAAAUCAUUCUGAUUGUGCUAACCAACUCUUCCUUACUUUGUAG